CCUCCUGAACCUGGGACCCUCCAGACUCCUAAACCUGACCUCCAGACUCCUAAACCUGGGACCCUCCAGACUCCUAAACCUGGGACCCUCCAGACACCUAAACCUGGGACCCUCCAGACUCCUAAACCUGGGACCCUCCAGACACCUAAACCUGGGACCCUCCAGACUCCUAAACCUGGGACCCUCCAGACUCCUAAACCUGGGACCCUCCAGACACCUAAACCUGGGACCCUCCAGACUCCUGAACCUGGGACCCUCCAGACUCCUGAACCUGGGACCCUCCAGACUCCUGAACCUGACCUCCUGAACCUGGGACCCUCCAGACUCCUAAACCUGACCUCCAGACUCCUAAACCUGGGACCCUCCAGACUCUUGAACCUGGGACCCUCCAGACACCUAAACCUGGGACCCUCCAGACACCUAAACCUGGGACCCUCCAGACUCCUGAACCUGACCUCCAGACUCCUGAACCUGGGACCCUCCAGACUCCUGAACCUGACCUCCAGACUCCUGAACCUGGGACCCUCCAGACUCCUAAACCUGGGACCCUCCAGACUCCUGAACCAGACCUCCAGACUCCUAAACCUGACCUCCAGACUCCUGAACCUGGGACCCUCCAGACUCCUGAACCAGACCUCCAGACUCCUGAACCAGACCUCCAGACUCCUGAACCUGACCUCCAGACUCCUGAACCUGACCUCCAGACUCCUAAACCUGACCUCCAGACUCCUGAACCUGGGACCCUCCAGACUCCUGAACCUGACCUCCAGACUCCUGAACCUGGGACCCUCCAGGACCUGGCUUCGUCGUGGAGGAAGCCUGCCGUCCCCUGGGGAUGCCAUGCUGGUUUGGAUCCCUGAUCUGGCUCCAGGGCUCAGUCAAGGACACCAGGAGGUUCUCUUGCUGCCCGAACCGCUUCGGUACCGGUGGUCCGAUCCUCCAGAGCUUCGUAGUCCAGGCAGCUGGUCUCAUGCAGCUUCAACUGAUGAGUCUCAAAGAUGA